AUGUCUAAUUACCAGUUUCCUCCAUCAUCUCCUUUAUUGGGAGGUAUUGAGCAUAACUCCGAGGUAGAUCCCUUCUCUAUUUCGAGCAAGCAUGGGAAGUCUUCGGUUGUUGAGAGAAGAAGCAGAGAACAAUAUCCUACACCUAACCCUUCAUCCACUGCUGGUAGAUCAUCCUCACCAGCUAGAGAGAAUCGUAAUGAUGAGGAAGAAGUUGACCUUGCUGCGAAACCCGCAACAAAGAAAGUUGUCACAUUCCAGUUAGAUCUGGUGGCCAACGAUAAAAGCGCUAGAUUGUUGAAGAAGAAGAAGUCGAAGCAAAACAGCACCAGCACUAGCAUCAGCGGCAGUAGAAAGAGAGUCAGAAUCAACAGGGAUUUCAAUGUAUUGAAUCCAGAUGCAAAUGUGUUAAGAGUGCCACUUAAGGUCGACGGCAAAAAUUCCAUUUUGGUUGGAAGAUCUUCCAAAUUGAGCGACUACUACUUCAAUACUUCUGAUAGAACCAUCUCCAGAACUCACCUUGCUAUUAGCUGCAAAGAUGAUAAAAUUGUCAUCGAAUGCUUGGGAUUCAGUGGAUUCGGAAUGAGAAUCCCCAGAGCCUGUCUAGUCUAUGGUACUGAUAAAUCUAAUGAUUAUAUCUUGAUGGAAGCCAAAAGCCCUAAGGAAUCGCUUUCCUUCCAAGACUUGAAUAGUUUGGGUUUGAAAGUUACUCCACGCACUAUAAGCCUUGACUUGAACCAUACUGAAUUCUUCGUGAACAGAAACGAAAGAGUUACGCUCCCUAUGAUAGACAACAUUUUCAUUCAAGUCAGAGAUAGCGCUAUGUUAUUGAACCCAAAAGACGAUGAGGAAGACGUUACUGACGAUGAGCAACCAGUUUUGUUGAAGGAAAAGCCAAAAAUUGUGUUAGACACCGUGGAAAGUGAACACGCUACCACCGAAGAUAAAGAGUUGGCAAUGAGCUUGGAAAGGGAAAUGGAAUUAGAAUUGGAGAUGGUACAUGACCAUGUGAGCCACAAGGAAGUUCAAAAACUUAAAGAACAGACUGAAACACCAACUAUCUCCAUUUCUUCUACACCUGUGAAACACGCUCAAGAGCUAAACUCGACUCCAAUCAAACAAUUCAAUAUAUCAACUCCUCUCACUCCUGCAAAACUUAACAUAAGAGCCACUUCCGAAGAACCAACACCUACAUAUUCAAAAUUAGAUGAAUCUGAUCUGAAGUUCGAGAUCUACUCUGACAAUGAAGGUGAUAUGAAUAGGGGUCCUUCAACUUCUACACCAAAUACCCCAUUGAGAGACAUAACUAAUGAACAGAUGAGAUUGGAAAAUCAACCAAAACUUUUCAAGAGAAAGAAGUUAAAUUCCAUAGCACCUCCAAAGACAGAAGAAAUCGACCAAUCCUGUAUUGCAGAGUUGAAAAAUAUUUCUGAAAUUAACAAUGUUCUCCUUAACCAUUUGGCAUUCUCAAGGUUAUCGUCCACUCCUGCGUCGUUUUUAAACACUAUCAGCGCUUUAACUUCUAAUUUAUCAUUAAAGCAAAUGAGAGUGAUUUUGCAUAAUAUGAAGCCAAUAGGUGUCAUUUACAGGGAAGGUAAAGAUGCUGCUGGAAAACCGUUAGAAGAAGAGUAUUAUUAUAAACCUGAGGAAGAUGAUGAUACGGAAAGGCCCAAGUUGGUCGCAAGCAUAAAAGGGCAUGGUGGGUUGAGAUCUUGUAGAAGAACUCACAAGCAAUACUAUUGGAAAAAGCCAGCCUCCAAAAAGAAAUAA